AUGAUGAGCUCCAAAGAGGAGGAAACUCUCCGGUUUUUCCAGUAUGUUGAGGAGAGUGGACUGAGAGCCUACAAUGGCCUUGUAGCUCAGAACUUGGACCACACCAGGAAUGAGAGGAAUAAGGCCUUCCUGCAGGAAAAAAACGACAAGAAGAGAAAACAGGAGGAAGCCAUAAGGAGGACGGGUGAAGACAUAGCCACUGAGGGCAAGCACUUGCGUAUGGGCUCCAUUACCAUGCCGGACCCCCAGGAACGCAUGCCCAUGCCCCACCCGCACGCCCUUGCCGGUGGCCAGGGCUUCUCGGUACGCUCCCAGUCCCUCCACUCUGUCGGUGGUGGGAACACUGGGGGUGGAGGAGAGGAGGAAGUGGGGAGUCCGACCUCUAGGAAGCAGCCCCCACCCAAGCCCAGGAGGGACCCAGCCACCAAGCUGAGCAUGUCGUCCGAGGCGGUGGACCACAGUCCCAUGUCCACCUGCCGUGGGGAGAUAUGUGACGCUCCACAGUAAUGCAGCGAGGACUGUCGGAGGAUGCCGCCACCCAAACCCAAGAGGAACCCCAACACACAGCUGAGCGUUUCCUUCGAUGAGUCCUACAUCAAGACUCACAGACCCCACCACCACGGCACCUCGCCCUGCGAACGCUACCCCUCGCCACCGCAGAGCGACGAGAGCCCUACGGAUGACUGUGAAGAUGAACCUGUGUAUAUAGAGAUGGGCGGGAUUGACGUCGGAGCACGGGAACCGCUGAAGAGCGAGGACGAGGAGCCGGGAGAGUCUGUGUACGAGGAGAUGAAGUACCCUGCUCUGGACGAUAUGGAGUACCGCACUGACCCUGUGGGAUGCCGCUCUGCCUGCCCCACCCCUGCCCCUUAUGACCCGGAACCUCUCAGCCGCUGCUCCACACCUCGGAACAUUCCCCUCUGUGACAUUCCUGCACCUUUUCCCAAUUUACUCACCCAUCGGCCUCCGCUGUUGGUGUUCCCCCCGGCACCGGCGCAGUGUUCGCCCAACUCCGACGAGUCACCCCUCACCCCUCUAGAUGUGACCAAAUUGCCCAUGAUGGAGAACCAACCCUACAGCAAAUCCCCGACAUCCUCGGGUGAGCCGCCCUCCGCACACAUCCGCAGGGAGCUCACCGCCACGCCAACCCUCACCGUCUCCGGGCGUUCCUCCGCACCUCCUCUACCCUGCACCCUCUACAAGUCGUCCUCCUCGUCCUCCUACCAGCGCAGCCACUCCGCUUGCCCCUCGCCCGUCAGCAUGGGUCGCUGUCUCACCCCCCUGAGCCUCAUGCGCACAGCUCCCUUUGACGGCUCAAUGCCAUUCCCCGGAGGUCUUCCUCGCAGCGCCUCUGCCACCCCUCACGGCAAAGGUUCACCCCCUCACGAUGGUGUGGGUCGACUCCAUGGCUCUAUGCAGAAUGUGUCAACAGGGCGCUCACGAACACCGACCAGCCCGCUGGACGAACUCACCAACCUGUUCACCACAGGCAGGAACAUGCUGAAGAAAAACGCAAGCGGCAGAAAGUCGAAAGAGCCUGGAGAAAGUAAGUCAUCCAAAAGCAAGUCUCACAGUGAGUCCAAGCGGGAAAGCAAGGAACGUCACAGUAAGGAGUCCAAGCGAGAAUCCAAGGAGCGGCACAGCAAAGAUUCUUCACAUCGGCGAGACAGUAAAGACCGAACUUGUAGUAGUGCAGAGGCGCCGCCUGUUCGCAGGGACAGCAGGGACGGCAGGGACACUAGGGACGGCAGGGACCAGGGCUGCAGCAGUGUAGAGCCAAUCCCUGUGAGACGGAACUCCAAAGACAAGGGCUGCAGCUCCUUAGAACAAAUCUCUUCCAUAAGAAGAGACUCCAAGGACAGAGGGAUCAGCAAUGGUGACUUGAUGACAAGGAGAGACAGCAAGGACCGAAGCGGGGGACAUGGAGUGGAGCCUCUUCUGAGGCAGGACAGCAAAGACCGAGAGAGACUGCUGGAUCAGCCGCCUGAGCUCUUACCAAGACAAGACACCAAGGAAAGGGCGAGAAAUGGUUUAGACUCCAGACAGGAAAGCAGGGAGAGACUGCUAGAUCAGUCACCUGAGCUCAUAUCAGGGCAGGAUAGUAAGGAGAAGGCCAGGAACGGAGUGGACUUAAAGCAUGAAAGCAGAGACAGGCCACCUGAGCUUUUACCCCGACUGGAGAGCAAAAACGGAGCUAGUACUGGAGCAGAAUAUCGAUAUGAUAGCAAAGAUCAUCGACCUAAUUUGUUACCCCGACAGGAUAGCAAAGAGAGACUCAGGGGUGAGAUUGAGCAUAGGCACGAAGGUAGAAUAGACCAGCCUCCGGAGAUCCUGCCCCGACAAGAAACGUCCAGAGGCGGCAACAGCAAGGACAGAGUUGUCUCCAGCUCUGACUCCAAGAUUGAAGGGAGAGAGCGGAGCUGUCAUAAUGGAGGAGAUAUCCCUCCUCCUCUUCUACCCAAGCUGGAGAGUAAAGAUCUGAGCAAAACCGGCCUGGAGGUGAGGCGGGACAGCAAAGACAGAAGUCUGAAUGGCUCGGGGGAGCAGCAUUAUUACGAUAUGAAGAACAGCAAGAGCCCCGCUGCAAUGGAGUUUAGGUGUGAUAGCAAAGGAUACAGACGGGAUGGCACGCCCCGACGCGAAAACAAAACAAACUACAGCAUGGAACCGUCGAAAGCACAAGAGAGGAACGGCAGCACAACGUCGGGACAGCAUUCAUCCACCACAACACCUACUCACCACGGGAGAUCAUCCGGCAGCCCACCAAUGACUGUGGGAACAGGAACUGAUCCAAAAGCACCACCGAAAUAUGCCCGCUCACCUUCUGCUCCUGGCAACCCCUCACCAUUGGGAACUCCACAAAGGAGAGUAGCAGAGGCGCAUCACAGUCAGAUGCCCCAGAUGCCCUGGAUAUGUGGGGACAACACCAUGCUCGAACAGAUCGAGAGGAAGCGCACCCUCUGCAUGGAGAUCCGCUCCAGACAGCACCCCCAUCUGCAGCGCUCCCUGGAGAGGCCUCCUCCUCCUCCUCCUCCUCCUCCUCCUCCGGACAGGAACGAGGACAGGCACCCGGAGCGGAGUCAGUGCAAGCAAGAGAGUGCGCCUGUCCUCCCAAGCUGGGGGAAAAGCAGCGGGGCCAAAAAGAUCCGUCCCCCCCCUUACCCCACACAGACAACAGUAUUCUGGGACACGGCCAUCUGA